AUGGAGUUCCCUGCAGCCUCUGCCCACAGAGGACUUGUCCCCUGGCUGGGGCUCCUCCUGGCUGUCUUCCCUUCCUGUCUUCCCAUCUGGAUCCCACCCACCACUGCGCAACUUUCUAUUGUCUCAACCUUUGCUGCUGAAGGGCAGGAUGUGAUUCUACGUACCCGCAAUAGUCCUCCUGGUGCUUCAGUCCUUAUUUGGUACAGGGGAAUGGAGAUGAAGUACUCUAAUUUAAUUGGGUAUAUUCCAUUGAAUUUAAAUCAAUAUAUAACAGGGCCCAAAUACAGUGGUCGAGAGACAGCAAAACUUGACGGAUCCCUGAUCAUAAGAAAAGUCACUCCAAGCGAUCUAGGACUCUACAUGGUAGUAGCUGUCCUUCCAAAACAUCAAAGCGCAAUAGGAUAUGGAUGGCUCAAUGUAUACCGGCCAGUGAGUGUGCCCACAUUGCUAGCCAGCAAUAACACAGUCACAGAGAAUGAAGAUGCGGUGGUCAUGACCUGCUACACAGAUGAAAGCACCAUCAACUGGUUAUUCAAUGCCGAGAGUCUGUUAUUCAAUGCGGAGAGAAUGAAGCUAUCCCAGGACCAGAGAACCCUCACCAUAGACCCUAUCAGGAGAGAGGAUGCUGGGAACUACCAGUGUAAAGUCUCCAACCCCAUCAGCUCCAUUGAAAGUGCGCCUGUAGAGUUAGAUGUCAAGUACCAGUGA